AAAGAAAAACUUCGUCAGUGUGAGGUUAUGUCAUUUAGUUGAAAAUUUUAUGAACACGUAGAACGAAUACAGUAAAACCUAAAACGAGAGUAAUAAACACAUUAGUUAUGAUGAAACUCGCGAUUUUCGUACUUUUUAUACUACAUAUAGAACAUUCAUUUACGGAAUUUACCACUGAAGACUGCUGGGCCUUAGGCUUUAAUAAGGCAAAUUUAUUAUGUUCUUCUUGUGAUCAACUUAGCAGGUUCAAUUUAGAUGUAAUAAAGGAACACUGCAAGGAGUGUUGCCAUCAAGAUGAAUCAAUCACAACCGAAAAGAAAUAUGCACGAGCCGUUUUGGAAGUUUGUACUUGUAAAUUUGGAGCAUAUCCACAAAUUCAAGCAUUCAUUAAAAGCCACCGUCCUCUACAAUUUCCCAAUCUUCAAAUAAAAUAUGUUAGGGGACUUGACCCUAUAAUUAAACUGUACGACAAAGAUGGUACUUUGCAAGAAACUGUUGCAAUUGAAAAAUGGAACACCGAUUCGGUGGAAGAGUUCUUAAACACUCAUCUAGUGCCUGAAGACGAUUAUUUAAGGACAAACAUGAUUUAAUAAUGUACAAAAUAAAUAUAUUUUUUUAAAA